UUUCAAAGACUCGCUGGGAGUGACAGCACCAUGCCGUCUCUCCUCAGUAUUUAUCUUCUUGCGAUUAUUGUGUUCUUUAGUAGCGUCAAUCGCGUAAAACCCCCAAUUUUUGGAAAUGAAGCAAACAUGAGAUUAACGAAAAACAGAUUCCUGCUCACCAGGUCAGAAGUAAACAGAAACAACUGGGGAUCAUUCGAUACUGUUCGACUCACACAGACAUUUAGAGGGACUUAUAUAUUUGCGACAGAAAAUUCACACGGUAUCAUCAAGCCAGUGCGACUUUUUUAUCCAAGUGAACUUGGGUCUCAUCAAAUAGCGACGGAUAGGCUGAGUGAAGGCAAGAGGAAACCCGCAACAGAUGACACCAAACAAGAAACGGCACGACCAACAGCUAAUCAGCACAAAUACAUGCUACUGAAGUGUAGGGUCAAUAUGAGUAAUUCCUGUACAUGGACUGAAUUCCUACUUCGGUACGAUGUGAACGCUAUCAAAACUGGUUCUGUUUCAAGUAGUAUCGAUAAAAUUGAGGAUUCUACGCCACAAGUCGCCCAUUACAUCUUUGGUUCAGCCGUUUUUGAGCGGUUACCAGCAUCUACCGCUAGUGAACGAUUCCACUUGAUACAGAAAGUAUGGCAGGGAAGAGUAAACGACUUCGUACAUAAACUAGGAACAGCUUGGGACAUGACUGUUGAUACGGUACACGGAUUUGUGAAGGAUUACAUGACAAACACUGCGGAGAGUAUUGGUAAUACGAGUAAAAGUGUCGAUGGCGAAUUUGCAUCUCAUAGCGAGUGGCCAAUAAGGGUUGUAACAAGACCAAGACACAGAAGUAGGGCAGGAGCUUCUGGUUCUAGCCAGAGACCGAAUGAAGCUGAACAAAGUACAGAAGUGUCUUUCAAAGGUACAAUGGCGCAGAGCCACCGCGCAACGAAGCGCACCAGAGUCAAGGUCAUAUACCCGAUAAACUCGAACGAUACUAAGGCUUCAAAUAUUACCACGGACCAGGCGUCAAAUGGUGCUACAGUCCAGAGCAACAAAGGACAGGUACCAAAAGAUACUACCAGGAAAAAGACCAGGAAGCCGUUUGCAAAUCAUCGUAGUGGAGAAAGGAUGAAUGGCAAGCAUGAAGGGAUUGGCUUGAAGAUUAUCACACCCCUAUUACACGAGCUGUACAGCCAUUUGCAAGAUGGUUGGAAUCACGUACCUGACGCAGCGUCCUUGGUAAAUUAUCUGACGAAAAACUUCAAACAAGGCCUUCAAAUUCGCCACAGGACUCCAGAGCGACGGCCAAAGGUCCGCCUGAGGGACUAUGCCAAAAGGCCCGGGCAGAUCAUAGCGUCGAUGUCAUGUCUACUUUGUAUAAUUCUCGCUGUGUGUUGUGCGCGGAGAUUCUCGUCUUGGCGCAAGGAGACAAUGCCUCCUUUUGUGCACCGACGCGGCAAGAAGAGACGCCGCGGGAACUCCUACAGGAAUAUUGUUAGUGACUUUCUGAGAUGGAUAAGCGAGACUACAGUUCACCCCAUUUUUGCAGGACUUGAGGCGACCUGUUCAAGAGAAAACCUGAUUCACGUCUGGUUAGAGAUUCUGCAAUUUGCAGAAAACCUUGAUGGCUAGAUUGACAGAUGCAUGUCUCCCUUUGAAUCUGGCUACUCUCACACGGUCACCAGGAAUACUUCCUAUGUUACUUCUUGUUGAAAAGAAAAAAAACAAUAUCAUUAUUCUCUUGCUGCUAUAGUCUGACCUCUUUUUAUUGGAAAAAAUCAUGACUUCUGAAUAAAAAAAACUUGACACAGA